AUGGAGCCAACGAAACCUUCCACCAGUCCACAAACCGACACUGAAGACUUCGAUGACAUCGCAGCAGCGAUCAGUCUGAUGAUGAUGCAGACUGCCGACUCGGCCAAAGACAAGUUCUCCUUGGACAACGAUCACUCCGGUACCCUUGAAGCUCCCAAAAUUCCCUCCAUACGGGUGACAGAACCGAACAAGAAUGACAUAUCGUUGGAGACAAAAGACUUUGGAAGUUUUAUCGCAGCUACAACAACAAGGAGAGCGCUCCCAAUUCGCAUCCCUUCCAUAUUCACCAGUCAUCGCGUUGCUGCUGGCUCUCCCACUCUCAGCUUUGCGCAACAAUCCACUGUGGUUGAUGAACAGCUGCCACUGGCCUGGCUCCAAGACAUGUCCAACGGCCCUGAGUUCGGUGGCGGCGAUGUGACCAAUUGGGAUGACCCCACACCGGAAUGCUUUUCCGCACCGCCGUCUUUACUGGAGCGGACUCCAAUAUUGCCAACGCAAGCGGCUAUGAACUCAACUCACGACAUAUGUCUUCCAUUGGACAACGCCACUUCCAUAAGCCUGUGGCUCGACGAUAUCAGCAGUGGGUACACACCUGAGUCCUUGAGUUCUUCUCUACCAUCACCGGAGGAGCGCGCAGCCCCAUGUUCGAGCCGAGAGUACGACUCGUCAGGGCUAUCUCAAUUAUGCGAAUUGCCUACGAUUCCACCGAAGAAGCGCAAGCGCUCGUCCUCCGUCUUAUCAGAUGUCCAGUGCGCACGGCGCCCGUCAUGGAACCAACCUUGGCCCUCGUCAUCCAUCUUACCGGACCAUGACGUUCCACAGUUCGCCUAUCCCGAUAUGGCAAACGAUAUGCAUGCGAUAGAGAGCCUAUGGGAGGGCCCAACGUGGGUGGAGCAGGCCGACGACGACAACCACCAUGUGAACGAAGCCUCCUUGAACCAUGCGACAGGUACGGUGCUGUUCGUACCAGAAAGCCAGCUUCAGCUUGGGAGCGACGGCUGCUACACAUCGGCUAAGUGGUUGGUCUAG